ACGGCAUAUCUACAGUAUGAUCGGAGAUGAAAAGUACGAGAGUCUUAAAUGUUUUCAAUGCGUGUUGUGUGAAUCUGAAUCCAAAGCUGUCGUCGUUGCUAGUACUUGGAAAAUCCCAUCGCUGUGAGAGAUUGUUGCGUUCCGAAAAUAAAGUAGCUGCUCUACGCCUCCCCUCGCAUUAUCAAUCUCACGACCCUCGUCUCGUAGAAUUUUGAGUUUGUCAAGGGCGUCUCGUAGAACUUGAGUUUAUCAAGCGAUUCGUUGCUUCACUCCACAACCCCCGUAUUCUAUUCUUUCACAUCGUGGGUAUGAAAACAUCAUUUGCAUCAAGGACUUGACAAUGUAGUGCCACUCGUUUUAUUACUCUCGCGUUUCCAGAAGAUGGAACUGCUCCUAGAAGAUUAUACCAAGCGCACCUACAGUAGUCAGUGUAGUGAAAUUGAAAGACAAAGCGUCGUUUGGAAACGAGGUUUGAGGUUUCCGUCGCUCAUGGUACAGGGACUGCCUCUGUCUUAUCCUCAAUCUUCUGAAUAAAUAGAAAUGGCACAAUUUGAAAAUAAACGUAUGAAUCAUAGAUCUUUUUUUCGACGAUUCGGGACGGGGAGCAAGAAAACUGCAGCAGAAUCGCGAAUGCGAUCAGCGGUUUUCUUCGGAUAUCCACAGGGAGUGAGAAGAAAUAAAAAAAUCCAGAGAGGGUAAGGAAGUGUAAGUAGUUGACAACGUAAUUGUACUGAUUCCAUCACGUAAAUAAAACUGGGUUUAUCGCUCAUUGUGCUGGCCCGUUACCGUACUUUUGUAACCAUAUUUUCCUCUACAUUUGCUGGCGCUUUUCACGACCUGCGGUAGAAACUACAAUGUUUAGCGGUGGCGUGCAUCAUUCCCCGGUGCGGCCGCGCGCCAAGACGCAGUGGGGGCGCGACUGGACCAAGGUCGGGUACCAGCAGAAUCUGGGCACGAAUCUUUCAAGCGUGCAGAAGUCGGCCGUCCCCACGAAGCAGCACCAUCAUCAUGCUACCACGGCGAUGAAACAAGCCACGAAGAAAACGGGUGGCGCGAGUGCUGCGGCUGCGGUGCCAGCUCCGCCGAGGGUGAUCGGUGCGACGCUCCCGAUGCUGGUUAACAAUAACCAUGGCAUGCCGAAGCUGAAGCCGUAUCAAACCAUCGUGGUGCAGCCGCUGACGGGGAAAAAGAUCGUCCUAGACUCCCGGACCAUGCAGCCGAUCGCGGUACUGAAGAUGUUUUGUUGUCGUGGUCACAUCCGCGAUGCUACAUUUCUUGAACCAAAAGGCUGCUAGACAUGCUUUUGCUUUUAUAGUAGGUGCCAUUUUUGGUUCUCGACAUCUGUACUGAGAUACUUAUUUAACACGACAGGAUUCCGUGCGACUAUCAGUAGACUAUGAUGAUGUUUCAAGUUGAACACGUCUUCAAGACUUGUUUUAUGCAGGUUUCACUUUAUUGCACGACCACGAUUGCAUUGUCGACAAAGAAUCGAAAAAUCGCAGGACCUAACCACCUAUGAAAUGCAAAAGCAUCGUACUAGUAUAAAUCGCAUGACAAAUCACCUCAGCAUGAGAAAUAGAAUUUGUAAUGCGGAUUCAACUUGAGAAAGAAAUUUGUAAUGCAUGAAUGCGAUCAGUACGACUACGAUACUUUUGCACAGGAUACCACCACCGAAAGCGGGAAAGUGAAGAUGGUGCCGAUUCGUGCUGACCACGUCGUGGACAAGGAGAACCAGAAGCCUAUCCUGAGUAAAAACGUACCCACACCAGAGUUGUAAUGCAAAUCUGCAUGCUGAAAAUGUUUCUCAUGCGGAGCCUCAUGAGAAGCAUUUUCUAGUCGUGUUUUGCAAUUUGUCAUGCUCCAAUCAGCAUGGUAUGCUAGGUCUGUGAUGCUGCUGAGCUAGCUCAAACAGCACUACACUACGAAUCCAAAUUUGUCAUGCAAAACAGCCAAAACUUGUGGAUUUGUCGAGCCGAUUUCCCAUCUUGACUAUGGUGUGGGUACGUUUUUACUCAGGAUAAAGCCGAGCCAGCAGCAGGCAGUGGUGAGCAAGAUGAACAAUGGCACCACCCGCAACCCUAUCAAAUGUAAAAAUGUCUGGGUCUGGAAACUUGUGAUGCUGGGUGGCGUAUCAUGAGGAGGCCACAAGUGCUCGCUCAGCAUGACAAGUUUCUGAGCUUCUAGGUGUUGCUUAUUCUACAUGACAAACUGCGUUUCUGCAUGACAGAAAAAUGGCGCUCUUGGGUAACGUGCAUGACAGAUUUGAGAGUCAUGCCAGACAAGCAUGACAAACAUGCAAUCUUCCAGACCCAGACAUUUUUACAUUCGAUAAACCCGCACACGCACCUGUCUCCGGCGACCACGGCGCACCUGUCUCCGGGUGACCACUCUCCCUGAGGGACCUAUCAAAUGCAAACAUGUCUGGGUCUGGAAGAAUGCAAAUUUUUGGCAUGGUGUUUUUGCAUGACACAGAGGGUCGGUCAUGGAAGCCCUCGCAUCACAGAUUUCGAGAACGUUCCGUGAUGCUUCAUCCGCAUGACAAAUGCACCUGUUUCGUGACAGAAAAUGGGAGCCUUUUGCGGCAUAUGCAUGAGAGAGUUGUGCGUGUUGUGGAAUUUGCACAACAAAUUCGGAUCCUUCCAGACCCAGACAUUUUUGCAUUUGAUAGGACCAGUAAGGAUACAAUUUGGGUACACUACUUUAAGCCACAGUUUGAUUUUAUUGUCGUUUGAACGAGGAAGAUUUUUGUCCGUCGCAAAAAAAAAAGAAAGCAAAAAAAACUAAAAACUGAAAAAAAAAAUUAUUUGACACUCAGUUGAAAGUGCAACAGACAGAACUAUUUCAUGAAAGCAGUGGAUCCUAAAUUUUCAUUUUUAAUAUCGCACUACGGGAACUUGAACUUCUACACAGUUAACGCAAAAAAAAAUUAUCUUUUACUAGUACUGAGAAAUGACGACGAACAGCACUCCUCGUCGCAAAAUUUUCCUUGAGGUCGCUUUCAUUGUGAAGCAGUACAGCUUGGUACAGAUUCUAUUUUCCAAAGAAAUGUAGCAGUUUCAUUUGUUAUUUCCGCUGUAUAACAGAACAUCAUGAAAAUAAAUUGCAGCAGUUUAUUUCGUACGUUUCCGUAACAGCCCGAAAACAGUACUGAAAAUUACUCUCGCAGUUUUUAUGUAUAUUCAAUACAGGAGUUGUUGUCGCUGUCGCUGACGACAUUGAUAGGAAAAAUAAAACUGUAGCGGCUGCAUUUCGGGAAAAUAGUGAAUGCGUAUCAGCAUGACCCACGACGCGAUUUCCUUUUUAGAAAUACUCAACAAGACUCGACGAUCCAUCGGAUAGCACCAUCUCUUUUACUGCAAGACCGCGUUUACUAUUGUGUCAUAAAAUUUAUAGACCAAAGUUUGACCACGAACUUACUUGUUUCCCAAACCUCAAAUUUGAUUUCCAAGGAGGAAAGUCUCACUUAUUUGCAAUGCGAUUUUAAUACUUUCAGGGUCAUACUGUUACAGUUGAAGUUCUUCUGCAUUGUCUGUGGGGAUAGAACUCGGCUUUGUAUGUGUAUGAUUCAUUUCAACAUCAACUACUUACUUUUUCUUUGGUCAAUUUAUUUCUUUGUCUUCUCGCUUUUUUCGAUGUUGUGGUCUUUUCAGCUGCCAACUGCGCUCCAGACUACUUACGAACUUGCUCAAGCGCGAAGGAGGCUGCUAUGAGUUGUGCUUGAUUGGAGUGCGUUACAUCCUGCUGGAAAGGCUGCAUGGUACAGCAACAAGAGAGCUUUGCACCGAAGUCCUUAUCCAACUUUGUUGGCAUGAACUCACACGGGCGGGGAAUAAGAACUGAAUAAGGAAAGAGUACUGCUGGAGUUGAUUUCUUCUCAAGACCUUGCGUAGCAUAGCUCGCCCAAGAUUCUAUGAUUGUAUCUAGACGAAAAGCUGAGCUACGACGUAGAACAAAUUCGUUCGUAAGUAGGAGUUUCUUUCUUCUGGAUUGAGGUAGUUUAUUCAGGCCGUUUUUCGAUGAUCAGCAACUUCGAUAAGUAGAGAAGGACCCGAAUCGCAAGAAAGUAUGUGUAAUUGGACAGAUGAGCAUGAUGGAUUUUGUAUAUUAUUUCACGCGCACAUGUUGUUAGAAUGAUCAGUAUCCGCACGAUGGUAAAUGUUGGAGCUGGUCGUUGUGCCCUGUGCGUUGAUAUUAAUAUAUGUAAAUUUAUCAUUUGCAACAUGUCACUCGUCUUGUGUGUAAAAUCCGAUUGCUCUCUAGCAUGCUGGUUCGCAAAAUAUCAGAAAGAAACCCGGAAAAGACCAUUGGAAGGAAUUCUUUUUCAGCCGAUGAAGGUAUGUGCAAGAAGAGAGCCCCAUCCAGGAAAAUUGCAAUACGAAGAAUUAUACUGCUUUUGAGAAUGAAGCAAGUGGUAUCUGCUUCUAGGAUGCUAGGCCCGGGUUCACAAAGCACUUUCUUUCUUUUCCUGGUUCACGGAGGCAACGAAAAA